GUGGCAGCACCGCGUGGAGCCGCUUUACAGACAACAAAAAAAAAGGAACGAGGAAGAAGUAAGAAAACAAACCCGCGCUGUUCUGGAGAAUAAAAACUAAACGAUGUCUUUAAAGCUCCAAAUGGGAAGCGACAGCCGAGGAUUUAAUAUCAGUGACGGCGACUCCAGCGACUCAGAGCAGCUUCCUGUCAUAGAUUUCUCCCAAAAACCAAAGACUUUGCUUUGUUCAGACUCGGCGAUGACUCACCCGGUCUCGGCUCGACCUGCUGGAGGAAACGUCUUCACGGUCAGCAGUGACAGUGAGGAGGAGGAGGAGGUUUUUGUUCCUCUGGCUCUCAGGCUGAAACAGAAAGCUGUAGCUAAGAGCACAUGUGAGAGUCAGAAUUCAUCUGUGAGUCAGAACAAAGGUUUGAAGGCGAACAUCUUAACUGCUCAGCGUGUUACAGUCGUCCAGGAGGAUCCGGGUGCUGUGAGGUGUUACAGAAACGAGGACGAGGAUGCUGGAAUUCGGAAACGCAAACGCACCUUGGAGGAGAUGGAGGCAUGCAGAGAAGAGGCGCUGCGCAGGAAAGCCGAGCGGGAGAAACAGCACGGAGAGAAGGAGAGGCUGAGAGCGGAGAAGAAAGCGCUGACUGAUGCUGUGAAGGCCAUGAGGCCAGACGAGUGCAUCAAACACAUGGUGGUGGUGGUGGAUCCUGGUCUACUGCAGAUGGAAGGUGGUGGUGAUCUCCUGACUUCAUUGCACACAUUGGGAUGCAGCUGUGCCAUUGAAAAGCAAACGCUACCACGGAGUGUGUCCUGGCUUAGACACACACCUUGUCCGCAGAGCGGAGAGGUGAUGUGUGUCCCGGAAUCUCUAGCGGUGCUGCAGGUCCCGGUGGACGACCUCAUCAGCAUGGUUCACAGCUCCACGCAGGAGCAGAGGAGUAGAGGAGAGCGUGACCAUGGUGUAACCCUCACUGCUUGGGUUGUGCGUCUCCUGGAGAGAAACUCGAACAGAAAUCUCAGUCUGUCUGUGAUCGAUAUCGAGAAAUAUUUUAAGCGUCAGAACGCUAAGGGCCAGCAGAAGUUUCGGGACGUGGUGCUGGGAGACGAGAUGAAGAAGAGGAAAAAGAAAGACAUGGAACAGGUUCCUAAUGUCUCUCGGGUGGAGCUGGAGGAGGCUUUAGUUGACCUCCAGCUUCACACUGGGGUCCAAGUCCAUUUUCACUCGACCUGGAAAGACUUCACUAAUUAUGUUACCAUGUCAACCAAGGCAGUAGCUGAAGCACCGUUCAAGUGGGAGCGAGACAAGACAGGUUUUAGUUUUUGUCUGGAGAGCGAGUGGGCUGGUGGACAGAAGGUGGAGCGAACAGGGAAAGGACUUCUUCAGGUGUGGAAGAGGCAGAUCCAGCAGCUGAACCGUGUCAGUGCAGACAUGGCUACAGCCAUCCUCAGUGCAUAUCCUUCUCCUCAGCUUCUUAUUCAGGCGUACACACAGUGCAGAUCAGACCGUGAGAAAGCCGCCUUGAUGUCAGACGUUCUGAUUCGUCGUGGAGAAGGAGUGACGUCGACCACACGCAGGAUCGGACCAGAGCUGUCCAAGCGAAUAUUUCUGCUGAUGAUGUCAUCAGACCCCCAGCAGAGCCUUGAUUCUGUGGCAUGAACAUGCAGCGUUACAGUGUGAACAGACUGAGUUCCUUUUUCUUCUCCUUACAAAGUUUUUAUCUGUUUGCUUUUAUGCAGCUGUUAUUAAAUGUUUUCUUUUAGUGUGA